ACGCACGCACGCACACACAGAUGCAUGCACGCACAAGCGCGAGCAGGCAUCCUUCAGUCAGACUGUUCUGUUAUGUCUGUUCCCUUCCUCAGCACUGAGAAGUGCUGUCUGGAACUCUGCUCUGGUUGAGUGAACGCAUCUAGGCAACGGAGCUCGUCUGGAAAGGGCGAAUCACGCUCAAGGCUGCAGUGUGGCACAGUGAGUGUGGAGUAGCUGUGAGGUAUUACACUGGGGCAGUGUAGUCCAGUCGAUAUUACAAUCAGGUGGGAGAAAAUCAACAAAAGUGAAAAUACAAGGAAGCUUGCAGAGAUCUACAGAACAAUGAAGAAAGCCUCCUGAUCUUUCUAUAGACCAUGAUUAAAUGAGUAAGGUGUGGUUGGCACAGGGCUGGAACUAAACCCUGUACAAGUAAGAUGGAUCCUCUGCUGCAUCAGGUCACGAUGGGUUCCCAUCCAGACUUUGACUAUGAUGACCAUUUCAAUGACAGCUCCUAUGAUGAGCAUUAUGAAAACUAUGAAGACUUCCACACGGUGUGUGACAAAAAGGAUGUUCGUUCCUUUGCUGCUCUCUUCCUCCCUGUGGUAUACACUUUGGCGCUUGUGGUAGGCCUGGCAGGAAACUCCAUGGUUGUCUUUGUCUACCUGUCCCGGAAGCGCUUGCGGACCCUGACGGAUGUCUUCAUCCUCAACUUGGCCUUCGCUGACCUCCUCCUCCUCUUCACUCUGCCCUUCUGGGCAGCGGAUGCCAUCAAUGGAUGGGAGAUUGGUGUGGCUGCCUGCAAGAUCACCUCCGCCUUCUACACCACCAACUUCAGCUGCAGCAUGCUACUGCUGGCCUGCAUCAGCGUGGACCGCUAUCGAGCACUCAAGCAGCGCUCGGCCAGCGCCCUCAGCCUGGCCAGAGGCAACCCUCGCAGGCAGAGACUGCUACUGUGCCUCCUGGUCUGGGCGGUGGCCUGUGUACUCGGUCUGCCAGACUUGGUGUUGGCCACAGUUAAGCAGCACUCUGGCGGGCGUAAGGCCUGCAGAGCCGUGUACCCAGUCACCAUGGCACAGGGGGCCAAAGCCAGCCUGGAGUUCCUGGAGGUGCUGCUGAGCUUCCUGCUGCCCUUCGUGGUGAUGCUGUUCUGCUACUGCCAGGUGGGCAGGGCCCUGAGCCAGGCGGCCACGUCAGGGGUGAGAGGGGUUCAAAGGUGGAAGACGUUCCGGGUGCUGAUAGCCGUGGUAGGGGUCUUCCUCCUCACGCAGCUGCCCUACAGCGUUGUGAAGUUUGUGCGGGCCCUCGACACCAUCUAUGCCUUGGUGAAAGACUGCAAGACGAGCAAGGGGCUGGACCGGGCCAAUCAGGUGACUGAGAGCCUGGCCCUAAUGCACUGCUGCCUCAACCCUGUUCUCUACAUCUUCGUCGGCUCCUCCUUCAAGGACCACAUGAUAAAGCUCGCCAAGCGCUGCGGUCAAACCGGCAGGCGCCUCCGUCAGGGCAGCGAGAUGCCGGUGCCGGUCGAGGUCUCUCUCAAGCUUCGCGAGCACCCGACCGACAACGCGGCACCCGAGUCGGAUGAUGAAGACACCAGCACUUUCACCAUCUAAAACACCAAUGGAUGGCCAAAGACUAAAGGCGGCAAUGUAUACGUUUAUAAAAAGACAAUACAAUUAUUCUUAAAUAUCAUCAUCACACCAAGAAUAUGGGCAAGGUAUAUCAUUAUCAUAUCUAUUAUUAAAACAUAUGUAAAGAUUUUAGUAAACACAGGGAGUGCAGAGAGAAAACAAUUAACCACAUUUAUCUGUGAUGAAAAUUCAGGUAUCUAAAAAAGAUUAGUUUUUUUGUAUAGUUUUUAUAAAUAAUACAGAUAUUGUACAGAAGUAUUUCUAUAUUAAACCACUAUAUACAUUUA